CCUGAUUCCUCCUCCAAUUGCUAUUUACAGCAAACGGGGAUUUCACGAUUUCUUUCUCGGCAACUCCUGUCUCGAGUUUGACUAGUUCUCGCUAGUCUCUGCUUGAAUUCUACACUUGGAAUCUGGUUCGAUACUCGAGUACAUCGGAAAGCUCUGCAAACCCCCUUCCUUCCCUCCACCAAACACAAACAUCAUGGUUCGUAAUAUUGUCGUCCUUGGGGGCUCUUCCCACCCCGACCUUGUCAACACUGUCUGUCACCUCCUCGGUAUACCUAACGGCCGCAUUACACUCUCCAAGUUCGCAGUUGGUGAAACCCGUGUCGAGAUCCAAGAUUCUGUUCGUGGGAAAGAUGUCUUUGUCAUUCAAUCCGGCUGCGGAAGGGUGAACGAUCACCUGGUCGAGCUGCUCAUCACCAUAUCGGCGUGCAAGACGGCAUCUGCGAAACGUGUCACUGCUGUGCUUCCUCACUUCCCGUACAGUAGGCAGUCGGAUAUUCCCUACAAUAAGACUGGAGCCCCAUUGAGCAAGUCGCCCACCUUCAACGGCGGGAAGAACGAUUUUACGUUUGAGAGCAGGCCGGGCACGCCCGGCCCCAUGGACUCCCCCGGAUUGGGCGUCUCACACGGCGGGUUGGAGAAGGAGCUUAGCAGGAUCGCGUUGGAUAGGGGUGCGGAUGGUGGUGUUAAUGGCGUGGAUAGGGGAAAGUCGCACCCACCCACGCCCCUUCGAAGGACCAAUACUGCGGACUCCUCUAGUGUAUCUUCGUCGGUGAAUGCCAAUGAAUGGGUCCCGCCAAAGGGAACCGGUUAUAAGCAAUGGGUUGCCCAAGCUGGGACCUUGGUAGCCGACCUCCUGACCUGUGCUGGAGCCGACCAUAUCAUAACGAUGGACCUCCAUGACCCGCAGUACCAGGGCUUCUUCGACAUUCCUGUUGACAAUCUCUACGGAAGACCGCUGCUGCAGAGGUAUAUCAAGUACAAUAUCCCCGACUAUCAAAACGCAGUUAUCGUGUCUCCCGAUGCUGGCGGUGCAAAGCGUGCCACGGCCAUCGCGGACGCUCUAGGAAUGGAAUUUGCAUUGAUCCACAAGGAGCGCCGUCCCACACGCAUCACAGACCGCCAGAACGCUACAAUGAUGCUUGUCGGUGAUAUCGUUGGCAAAGUAGCUAUCCUCGUGGACGAUAUGGCGGACACUAGCAAUACCAUUACCAGAGCGGCCAAGUUGCUGAAGGGCAAAGGUGGUGCGACCAGAGUGUAUGCUCUGGUCACUCACGGUGUCUUCUCUGGAGAUGCUAUCGAUAGGAUCAAUGCUUCGGCUCUUGAUAAAGUUAUCACUACGAAUAGCGUACCUCAAGACCAGCACAAGAGGUUGUGUGACAAGUUGGUAGUCUUGGACGUUGGUGAGGUUUUUGCAGAGGCAAUUAGACGAGUCCACCACGGAGAAAGCAUCAGCGUUCUUUUCAGGAACGAUUGAUUGAUCUCUUGGACUACUGCCCCUUUUUUACUUCAUUUAUUUUCACUGGUUCUGUUUGGGUUGGCGUUUUUGCGGGAUAGUUCAUGGGUGGCUGGUAGAAAUUGAGGGGGUGCCCGCGCGAUAAGGGGCAGGGAGGAAGCCUGGCAUGAAUGGGGAUGAGGCUGUGGUUUAGCUCCCGCACAUUUGCUGUUUCUGUAAGAACUCGGAAUGGCUAUUAUGAUUGCUCGGGGCUUUAAUCGGUGUCUUUGUGGUUAUGGCAUGUAUGGUCGCUUUAACACCUACUCGUACAUAACUAUCACUUGUAGACCUCGAAUAAAUUCCCAUUUUUGACUUGAGAA